GCACGACCUCGUCGCAUCUUUCUAUCUUUCCCGCGCUCUUAAUUUCGCCUUUUCAUACCAUUUCUUCUUCCGACGUUAUUCAAAAAGUCGCCAAAAUUUCGUCCAAAAUGCCCGCCGUCGACGUUUCUUCCGUUCCCGCCGUUUCUGGCAAGGAGACCGCUCAGUCGGUUGCCGUGCUCGAGGAUCUCCUCAAGAACCUCAGCGUCUCCAAGACCCCUGAUGAGGUCAACGCUGCGACCAGCAACAUUGCCUCUCUCUUCAGCGGCCCUAUCGACGAGAAGGUCCUGCCCGCCAAGGCUGUCGAGGCCUUCAAGAAGCAGCUCGCCAACAAGAAGGAUGCUGCUGCCCGUGAGCACGCCCUGGAAGCCAUCCGGGCUAUCGCUCAGGAGCCCAACCUGGCUUCUGGUGUCGAGCCUUACCUCGUCAGCCUGCUGGGCCCCGUUCUGACUGCCGUCAGUGACAAGAUGGUUCCUGUCAAGAACGCUGCUCAGACCACUGCCAUCGCCAUCGUCAAGGGCAUCAACCCCAACGCUGUCAAGGCCGUUCUGCCUCCCAUCAUCAACUCUCUCGCCACUGCCCAGAAGUGGCCUGAGAAGAUCACUGCUCUGGAGGCCAUCGAGGCUCUCGUCGAGAGCGCCCCCGUUCAGCUGUCCUACCGUGUGCCUGACCUGAUCCCGGUUGUCUCCGAGUCCAUGUGGGACACCAAGCCCGAGGUCAAGAAGGCUGCCUACGGCACCAUGGAGAAGAUCUGUGGUCUGAUCGUCAACAAGGAUAUUGAGCGCUUCAUUCCCGAGCUCAUCAAGUGUAUCGCCAAGCCGGAGAACGUCCCCGAGACUGUCCACCUGCUGGGUGCUACUACCUUCGUCACUGACGUCCACGAGCCUACCCUGGCCAUCAUGGUUCCUCUGCUGGACCGUGGUCUCGUUGAGCGUGAGACCGCCAUCAAGCGAAAGUCCGCCGUUAUUGUCGACAACAUGUGCAAGCUGGUCGAGGACCCCCAGAUUGUCGCUGCUUUCUUGCCCAAGUUGAUGCCCGCUCUUCAGAAGAACUACGAGACCCUGGCCGACCCCGAGGCCCGUGAGAAGACCAAGCAGGCCUUGGACACUCUGAUCCGUGUCGGUGAUGUCAAGGACGGCAAGAUCCCUGAGGUUUCCAAGGCCGGUGACAUCGCCACCGUCUCUGCUAUCCUCAAGGAGAUCCUUGAGCCCAAGUUCAAGGCUGUCAUUCCUCAGUCUGAGUCCAUCAUCGACUACAUCGCCGCCAUCGCCGGUCAGCUCGUUGAUGAGAAGAACAACGAGGUUGUCAGCUGGACUGAGAACACCCUCCCCUACAUCACUGCUCUUGUCGGCGAGAAGGAGGCCAAGCCUAUCGCUGAGGCCCUCCGCAAGCGUGCCGCUCCUGGUGCUGAGGCCGAGGAUGAGGUCGCCGAGGACGAGGAGGAGGGCGAGGACCUCUGCAACUGCACCUUCAACCUGGCGUACGGUGCUAAGAUCCUGCUGAACCAGACCCAUCUGCGUCUCAAGCGUGGUCAGCGUUACGGUCUUCUCGGUCCCAACGGUUCCGGAAAGUCCACCCUUAUGCGCGCCAUCAACAACGAGCAGGUCGAGGGUUUCCCUAAGAAGAGCGAGGUCAAGACUGUCUUCGUCGAGCACGACCUGGACUCUGCCGAUACUGAGCAGACCGUUAUUGGCUGGACCAUGAAGAAGCUGGCCGAGGCCGGUGUCACGGCCGACCAGAAGACUGUCGAGGACAAGCUGGCCGAGUUCGGUUUCCUCCGUGAACAGUUCGAGAGCCCCAUCACCUCCCUCUCUGGUGGUUGGAAGAUGAAGCUGGCUCUUGCCCGUGCCGUCUUCGAGGAGCCCGACAUUCUCCUGCUGGACGAACCCACCAACCACUUGGACGUCAAGAACGUCGCCUGGUUGGAGCAGUACCUCAUCAACUCCCCUUGCACGUCCAUCAUCGUCUCCCACGACAGCAAGUUCCUGGACAACGUCAUCCAGCAUGUUAUCCACUACGAGCGCUUCAAGCUUAAGCGCUACCGUGGUACCCUGAGCGAGUUCGUCAAGAAGGUCCCCUCUGCUCGCUCUUACUACGAGCUUGGUGCCUCCGAGAUGGAGUUCAAGUUCCCCGAGCCUGGUUUCUUGGAGGGUGUCAAGACCAAGGCCAAGGCCAUCGUUCGUGUCACCAACAUGUCCUUCCAGUACCCUGGUACUCCCAAGCCCCAGAUCGAGAACAUCACCUUCCAGUGCUCGCUCGGUUCUCGUAUUGCCGUCAUUGGUCCUAACGGUGCCGGAAAGUCUACCCUGGUCAACGUCCUGACCGGUGAGCUGAUCCCCACUUCCGGUGAGGUCUACCACCACGAGAACAUCCGUAUUGCCUACAUCAAGCAGCACGCUUUCGCCCACAUCGAUAACCACCUCGACAAGACUCCCUCCGAGUACAUCCAGUGGCGUUUCCAGACCGGUGAGGACCGUGAGACCAUGGACCGUGCCAACAAGCAGGUCACCGACGAAGAUGAGAAGGCCAUGGACAAGAUCUACAACAUCGAGGGCACUCCCCGUCGUGUCAUCGGUAUCCACUCCCGUCGCAAGUUCAAGAACUCCUACGAGUACGAGUGUUCGUUCGCCCUGGGUGAGAACAUCGGCAUGAAGAGCGAGAAGUGGACUCCCAUGAUGACCGCUGACAACGCCUGGAUUCCCCGUAACGAGAUCAUCCAGACCCACGCCAAGAUGGUCGCUGAGGUCGACCAGAAGGAGGCCCUCGCCAGCGGUCAGUUCCGUCCCCUUGUCCGUCGCGAGAUCGAGCAGCACUGCGCCAACUUCGGUCUCGAUGCUGAGCUUGUCUCUCACUCCCGCAUGCGCGGUCUGUCCGGUGGUCAGCGUGUCAAGGUCGUCCUGGCCGCCUGCUCCUGGCAGCGUCCUCACCUGAUCGUCCUGGACGAGCCCACCAACUACCUCGACCGUGACUCUCUGGGUGCCCUGUCCAAGGCUAUCAAGUCCUUCGAGGGCGGUGUCAUCAUCAUCACCCACUCCAAGGAGUUCACUGAGAACCUCACCGAGGAAGUCUGGGCCGUCAUGGAUGGUAAGAUGACCCCCUCCGGUCACAACUGGGUCCAGGGUCAGGGCUCCGGUCCUCGUCUCACUGAAAAGGAAGGCGAUGGAGAAGUAAAGCGCGAUGCACUCGGAAAUAUCAUAGAAGAGACGAAAAAGAAGCAGAAGUUGUCUUCUGCUGAACUUAGAAAGAAAAAGAAAGAGAGGAUGCAGCGUCGGAAAAGGGGCGAGGAGGUGUUCUCUGAUGAGGAUGAGUUCUAAAAAACCAAUUUGCAGCACGAUUAACGGAGUUAUGGCUAUGUUUUGACGUUUUCUUUGUUUUUGAAGCUUUUUAGAUAGAAAGUUCACGAUAGCGGUAACUAUCGGCAGAAUAAAAUCACGUGAUGCAAUUCAAAAGAACCAUUAUGUCGCAAGGCAGUGCAGAAACUAAGUACCCGUCGUAUCAGGUGCCUGGCUACUCAGCCAAUCCGUGUCAAGAAGUAACUGCAUUCUGUAGCUGUUUGCCUAUGUGCUUUCUAUCGGUUUUGUUGUCUUACUCUUGUCUGCUUUUGCUUCUAGGUACCUACGUUUAUUCUGAUCAAGAGGGGUCUGGCUUAGGUACCGUAAUUGCGACU